GAGCAUCUAAAUCUUAUUUGAUCACCACUGGCUGGCUUCAUUUUCGUUUGAAAGCAAACUGAUGCAUCAUUCUGUCCGAAAGCAACCGAAUAAGACGACCCUUUCUGUGAACAAUCCUAUAAUUUGUACGUCCCUCCGUAUUUUUUAUUUAUUUUGUGUGUGACAAUAUUUUAUUGUCUUCAGCUGAGAGCAUCUUCCGCCCUAUAUUGACGACGAAAAGGAAUAAGUAGAGCACAGUUCAACCAUCACGAUCGUGAACAUGAUGACUGCAAACUUUACGUUGUUUCUUCUUUUCCUAGGUGCAUCUAUUCAUGCUUCAAAUGGACGAAACAAUCAGAGCAUUGUACUGCAGCAUCUCCUUGACAACUAUGGACCAAUCACAGUGCGACCUGUGCGUGACAUCAGCCAACCUACGAACGUAACCUUCCGACUCCUUCCGGUCGAGCUCAUCAAGUUUGAUGAGGAGAAUCAACAAGUAAAACUAUCAGCAUAUAUGCGAAUGAUAUGGAGGGAUGAGAACAUGAUAUGGGAUCCAAUGGAUUUCAACGGGGUCGAUUACGUAACUGUUAAAAGAAGUGACAUUUGGCUUCCCGACAUCGUACUAUACCAAAAUGUCGUCAAAGAUUUCAUCAGUUACGCAGAUACGUACAUCGUUGCCUCGAGUAACGGGAGCAUGAAUUGGUAUUUUCCCGCCAUCAUCGCCACAGCCUGUCCUAUCGAUAUCACAUACUUCCCCUAUGAUGUCCAAUAUUGUAACUUGACAUUUGGCCCUUGGUCAGAGACUGCAGAAAAAGUCAAUUUUCGAAUGUCAACAGAAGCUGAUGCCAACGUGAAUAUAUUUCGUAAAAAUGGAGUUUGGGUACUCGAACAGACGAGAGCAAGUAACCUGGUCAUUGAAUCUUGCUGCUUCAACCUCUCAUGGACUGCGAUCCAGUUUGUCCUUCAAAUCCACCGACAAUCAAGUUUCUACACCCGCACUGUCGUUGUCCCCUGUAUUCUGCUGACGGCAUUGAUGGCUCUCGUCUGUUGGCUUCAUCCAGCUUCUGGAGAGAAGGUGACCUUGGCAGUCAGUAACCUUCUGGCCUUGAUCCUCUUCCAGCAGCUCGUAGCCGACAGGCUUCCGCCAAGUGGAGAGACUACGUCUAUCAUUGUGAUCUUCUUCAUCGUGAUGAUUGGGUUAAGUUGUACCGAGGUGAUAUGCUCCAUCAUUGUCCUGCGGCUGUACCACACUGGUGGAAGGCGCCAGAUACCGGACUGGAUAAGACGGGCGAUGCUGAGUCCGCUCAUCAUGCGUCUCUACACCAACGCAGAGUGUACCGCCAUGUUGCGUGCUCAAAAGAAGGCAAAUGAACUCCGGAUACUCGAAUCAAUGACCAACCCAACUCUUCAGAACAACACCAACACCGCGGCACAGAACCAAGAAAACGGGAAGCACGACACGAAAGCAGACGAUAUCGUCAAGACUAUUAGUAAACCACAAGAAUUGGACACUCUGAGCUUGCGCAGUGAUCCUGAAAUGAUUAACAAGGCGUGGCAGGAGGUAGCCAUCGUCUGCGAUAAAUUUUUGUUUAUUCUCCUACUACUUGUCACUUUCAUUGCUUGGUUGUAUGUGCUUGUUAGCUUUCUAAUUUAGUCAUGUUAAUUGACUGUCAUGGGAGUUUGAUUAGGGCUUUACUCUGACGGAAAUGUCCCUAAGAUCGCAAUUAUUCGAACAAAUAUGUAAAGGAUAGAAAGCGCAAAUUGUCCGGCAUGCAAUGUUGACGAGAUAGAGAGCUGUUUGGCCUCGUUUCCAUCACCGAACCAACGUUAUCUUGUCUUGAUAAAGCCCUGAUAAUUCAGAAGACGGAGGGAAGGAUUCUUCAACUGUCAUGAUUGCUGCAGGCGUGGAAGUUGAAUCGAAUUUAUGGAUCAGUUUUAUUGGCCAUUGAAUCAUAUUUUAGUAUUAAGAGUUCUUGGGAACGUCCCCGUUUUAUGUCGUCAUUUCUCUCAUAUGUGUUAAUUACUGUAUCAAGAGACAUGAAACGGGAAUCUUUCUUACCUACUUACAACUAAUAAAUGGAAAUACAAAAUCUU